AUCACUACUCCUGCUAUCACUACUACUACUAUCACUACUCCUACUAUCACUACUCCUACUAUCACUACUCCUACUCCUGCACUGCACACAUCUGCACCCUCUACGUGUAUGCUUAUUAGCACUCUCAUUCGGCCUUCACUCUUGGUAAUGAGUCUUCCAAAAGGCCAGACACUUUGGCAUAAGUUGUUCAAGAUUUUGUUGUGUCCUCUCUCAAUGGUUGCAGCCAUCAUUGCCUUUAUUCUUUUGCUGCUAUGGGAGCCAAUACAAAUAACUCUUGUGGCUGUUGUGGGUGUGGCAAUGGUCCUGAGCUUGGGACAAACGAUUGUUGUUUUUCUACCCUUUGGGUCCAGCCAUGAACUGAGGUCCAUCUGUGAUUUGGUUCUCAGAGUGAUUGCCUUCACAACGGAGGUUUUUACCAUGGUGGCCAUAUUUGUGGGUCUGGAGGAAAUUGAGAAGUGCUGCUCGAUACACUGGCGCAUGAAAGUGAUGGGAGGGUAUACAGCCUGGGUGGCUCUGUUCUACUUGAUGUUCAUAUACCUCUGUUGCAACCAGAGUUACCAGAGGAAAAGAAAUUCAGGAAUUGAUGACAAAUGGAUUGUGCCAAAGAGAACGACACUCUCUUUUGAAAAAAUCCUCAAAGUUAUCCUCGUUCUGGGCAACUUGGGUUUUACAGUGGCUCUUAUCAUUGGAAUAUAUACUAAUGAGACAUGAUGACGGUGUAAAGCAAGAGGUUUGCAUCGUUACAUUAAAACAUAUAUUAUGACAGUAGGUUUAUACUGUAGAUACGUGUUAUMCAYUUGGUAACAUACUGUAUGUCACACAUGCACUUUAACCCUUGUUUAUCAUUGUUUCUUUUUGGUUUGGGUUACAAUACACAUUUAUACUGUAUCAUGAAUACUUAGAUGUUUUACUAUAGCUAAAUUUCCAUCCAUAUGGCAACAGAUUUUCAUGCAAAUAUUCUAAAAUCCACAUAAAACAAUAUGCACAUUU